AGAGCUCUGCUGGCGUUUUAAUUUUUAUUAAUAUAGAAUUCGUGUGUAAUUCGAACUAAUAAUUGAUUACUGUUAAAUUUUAAGUGUAAAUAUAUUUUUUGGCCCCUGGGGGAGUGCAACAUGUUCGAAGCAACGUCUGCGACGGACGCGCGGUGGCAGAGUAUGACGUAAAAAUUGUGAUUGUAUGAGUCGUUCAGUUUUGUAGCCGCAGCAAACAGCAAUAACAACAACAAAAGAGCAAACAAAGUGGCAAAAGACAACAUUUCAACAAUUUGCAUACAACAACAACACACGGAGGUGUUUAGGUAACGAAGCUCCACGCACAAAGAAAAAUGAGUAAACUGGAGACAGACUCGGACAGUUCAGAGGAGUUUUUCGACGCCGAAGAUACAACAACGCCCAAUCAUCGACAUUCAACAUUAAGUCGCAAGUCACCACCGGAAUCCGCCAGAGACUUCAUCUUCCCCGAGCCAGCUGUACGCGUAAAUGCCGCCGCCUCAUCAGACAGUGAUGCAACUCCCAUUGGCGCUGGCACGCCUGCGACCCGUAGUCCCACAAACAGCCUGGGCCAGCGACUGAAGCAACAGGAUGCGGCAGCAGCGGCGGCGGCGGCAGCAGCAGCUGUCGUAUUUGUGGAGCCCAAGCCAGUACAAGGCGCGUAUGGUAGACAACGCUUUCACGAACUACGUCAAUGCAUGCAAAAUGAUGAAGAUGAUAAUCCAGGAAAUACACUCACACCUGAUUCUCAGAAUAGCUCCACGGAUGGCGUUUUCACGAAUCGUCCGACACAUCCAUUUAAGGUUAUCGAAACCGAUACGAUGAGCAUACAGAGUAUGACAUCAUUGGGUCGAGUGGGACGGAUCUUAGCCGGCAGCAUUGAUCCAUCAGCAAUUAGCAUUGAUCGGGAGUCCCUUGCCUCGAGCAACUCACUACAAAUGCAACUAAAGCAACACCAGCAGCAAGCAGCAACCACAAGCAACGCAUCAACCGUCGCCCCCACCCCUACCGCCAUGACCACAACCGCAACGUCCAGUUCCAGUUCCGCGGGCACACCGCGCGUCUCACCGAAACACGCUCAGGCAAUAUCUGCUGGUGCGGCCAGCGGAGCUGUGGCAACAUCUUCCGCUUCAUCGCAACCUUUGGCGAAUUUAUCGGGUGCCAUUAUACUACAGGAGCCGGAUGUCAUAGCAAGCACAAAGCUGGCGCACUCGAAGACCACAGAUUCGAUAACAUCGAGUGGUCCUGUGGCCCCACCGCGACGCAAGAAAAAAUCACGCAAAUUCUCGAGCAGCUCCUCCGAACAGUUCAACAUGAACGAGGGCAUGCGUCUGCCUCCUGGGGAUACAGAGGAUACAGACAGUGAUACACGCUCAGUGAAGAGUGUGCGAGAUGUGCAGCAAAAUCUGCGCGAUUUAAUUGUCAAGGAGUUUGAGAGCACGUUAAAUGAUGCAACGGCGUCGACCAACACCCUCACCUGUUCGUCGACGAGCACGAUUGUGUCGGCAUCGGCGGCAACAACCACACCACCACCUCCGGCGCAAAUUGCAGUCACCAGCAGCCUUGUGCGGCCGGUGGUAACGAGUGGGCCAAGCGGCUCCAUAAACAAGGCAUCACACUCACUGGGUAAUAGUUCCACGUCGGUUUACUCGAAGCCAAGUCCUUCGAAUUCGGCCAAAAGCAACUCGGCGCCGGGACGCGUCAGUUCCAUCGAUCCCAACCAGGGUCUGAAUCUUUUUAAGGCCAUACAGGGUGGCUAUGUUGUAAAGCCACGCGAUGAGGCCAGCAACAAGGCCCAAGGACCCUCCCAAGAUGAGAUUGAGCGCAUUGAGAAAAUGCUAAUGGAGAAUGCUAGUAGACCCAAAUUAGCCGGAACCGGUUCGAACAGCUUGGGCAGCGCCACGAGAUAUCCUUCCUUAUAUCGAGGCACCACUGAUAAAGAGCGACGCAAAUCGGCAGGCGACGAGGAUGUCCUCAAGCAGAUGAACAUUUAUGUACGUACGCGAACUAGCUCCGGCAAACAGUUGACCGAUUUUGAGAUACUCAAACAAGUUCCUGUGAAGAAUUUAGAUACCGGCGAGAAUUUGCCGCUCUCUGAAAUGCGUUCACCGCCAGUGCCUGAGGGCUGGAAUCCGCUCUCGUUACAUAUCCUGAAGUUGACUUCCCAUCUGGAGGUGAUACAGAAGGAGUCCGACGAGGAAAGCGUUAUAGGCAUACCACCCAGUAACGAAGGUCAGCAGCCUGAUGAGGAAGAACUCGAGACAGAAGACGGCAGUCGUCUGAAGCGGAAGACGGCCAAAAUAAAACGCUUCUUCGGCACGACCAUGCGCAAGACUGUGGAUAAGGCAAAGUCAAUUGCGUCAGAGGUGUCACAUGCGCGCCAUAAAGAGGAUGUGGCAGACAUUGUGGAUGCCAUGAACCCCGAGCAGAACAUCAAAAUCAAGGCUUCGUCUUCAAAUAAGGGCCCAUAUGAGUUUACUAAACUGCAACACGUUCAGGAUUUGUCCGGUGAGGAUACAAGUGCGGUUUGGUGCAUGAAGUUCAGCUCAUGCGGUCGCCUGCUGGCCACUGCUGGUCAGGACAAGGUUUUGCGUAUUUGGGUUCUUAAGGAUGAGUAUCCUUUCUUCCAGGAUAUGCGUAACAAAUACAAUGCCGAUCAAAAAUCUUCACCCACACCGUCUCAAGAAUCUUUGGUCUCCCAACACUCGGCCGAAGAGGCGAUUGCGAUGGCGACUGCUGCUGAGAAAUGCACGGGUCCUUUCAUGCCGAAGCCUUUCUGCACCUAUGUUGGCCACACUUCGGACUUGCUCGAUGUUUCCUGGUCCAAAAAUUAUUUCAUCCUCUCAAGUUCCAUGGACAAGACGGUACGACUGUGGCACAUCUCGAGGAAAGAGUGUCUCUGCUGUUUUCAGCACAUUGAUUUUGUGACUGCGAUCGCCUUUCAUCCGCGUGAUGAUCGUUACUUCCUAAGUGGCAGUCUGGAUGGCAAACUGCGACUCUGGAACAUACCAGACAAGAAGGUGGCGCUUUGGAAUGAGGUUGAUGGCCAAACCAAACUGAUAACGGCGGCCAAUUUUUGUCAGAAUGGACAGUUUGCGGUUGUCGGCUCCUACGAUGGACGCUGCAUAUUCUACAAUACCGAUCAGCUGAAGUAUCAUACACAAAUACACGUGCGUUCGACGCGGGGCAAGAAUCGCAUCGGUCGCAAGAUUAGUGGUAUUGAACCCAUGCCUGGUGAGGAUAAGAUACUCGUGACGUCAAACGAUAGUCGCGUGCGACUCUACGAUCUACGCGAUCUUAACCUAUCGUGCAAAUACAAGGGCUAUCUGAACGUGUCCUCCCAGAUCAAAGGAUCGUUCUCACACGAUGGCAAAUAUAUCAUUGCCGGCUCCGAAAAUCAAUGCAUAUAUAUAUGGAAGACGAAUCACGACUACUCCAAGCUAAGCUCGGUGCGUCGCGAUCGCAGCGAUUUCUGGGAAGGCAUCAAAGCACACAAUGCCACUGUAACUUGUGCCAUAUUUGCGCCACAUCCGGAGGCAAUUAUAAAACCGGGACCGGAUGAAAUUUCGCAUGAGAAGCUACCCAAUAAUCAACCCGAUCCGCUCGUCGAACAGCACAAGAAAGGUUGCGGCUACGUUCUGGUGAGCGCCGAUUUCAAUGGCGCCAUCAAGGUGUUCAUCAAUAAAACGAAGCCGAAGCACAGCAGUCUGCCCUACACGGCCAUUGCCGAUUAGUCGUUAAUGCGAGAAGGUUGGAACGUUUGAAUGUUUAAAGGUCUGCAGGCGUCAGCGAAAGCUAAAGCGUGAAAACAAACUAAACAAUUGUAUUUUAUUUCUUCGUUGUAUUUAUGACAUUGUGUAUUUUAUACCACUACCUUAUACGAGUAUUUAAAUUUAGCAUAAAGCCAUGGCGCCACCGCUUCAUUAUAUAUUUCAAAUUGCCACUUGCUGCUAUAUAUAUACUUUAUGUAUUUAUUCUAUAUAGAGAUUCGUGUGUAUAACAUGUAUGACAAAAAGUUGUUAACAAUGCGAUAAUGUUUUUAAUGUUAAUUAUUACUUACAUUCAUACUUACAUUAAUUUUUUUGUAAAGCUGCGUGUAGUUAUCGCCUGCCUCCCCUAAAUUGUACAGUUGUUUAUGCCGAACAGUUUUUUAAAGCUUAUUGUACAUUUAAUUAUGCAAAAUCCGAGAUGCAAAGCAAUUAUGAGAGCAUACCUUAUUUGAACACAAAACAUACACACACACACACCUAUACACGCAGACACCACACACCUAACUAAGCAUAAUGGUAUUUAUAUAGUAGAUAUAAUAUUUUGUGUAAAUUAAAAUGUGUGUGUAACACACACUCACAGAUCGUGGUUACGUGCACUUUCAAAAAGGAUAA